GACUUAUAUCAAUUGCAAGAAAAUGAACUGUCUUGCUGCUUCUGUGUUUCCUUCUUCUCACACAACUCUACUCCUCAACAAGCUCUCACCUUUACUCCUCCGACGCAAUCGCCGCCACCAAAGUCAGCGACUUCACCGUCGGAAUUAUCAGAUCAGCGCAAUGAGAGCUGUAAUCCAGAGAGUCUCAUCUUCCUCUGUUACUGUGGAUGGUCAAAUCGUAUCGGAGAUUGGCCAUGGUCUCUUGGUUUUAAUUGGAAUCCAUGAAUCAGAUACAGAUUCUGACGCUGAUUACAUAUGUCGAAAAGUUUUAAACAUGAGACUGUUCACUAAUGAAACCACUGGCAAAGGAUGGGACCAAAAUGUAAUGCAGAGGAAUUAUGGAGUUUUACUUGUUAGUCAGUUUACAUUAUACGGAUUCUUGAAAGGUAACAAACCUGAUUUUCAUGUCGCAAUGCCACCUGAUAAAGCCAAACCAUUUUACGCUUCUUUAGUCGAGAGAUUCCAGAAAGCAUAUAAUCCUGAUGCUGUAAAGGAUGGUGUGUUUGGAGCUAUGAUGCAGGUCAAUCUUGUAAACGACGGUCCAGUCACGAUGCAGCUCGAAUCACCUCAAUCCUCCAAGAAUGAGACAAAGGCAUCAACAUAAUCAUAAAAUCACUCAUCUUGAAUUCUUGUAUCAGUGAAACUAUAGAAAUACCUACCAUUCUGUGAAACUCGAAUCAUAUCUAUUGAUGUGAAACAGUCAUAAUUCAUUGGACGGUAACUGUUAAUUCCUGCAUUACAUGUAACUUCUCUGCUUUUAAUGAAAGCCUCUAGAUUUGCUAAAA